GAUUCCUUAACCUUGAUAGUUAUCGAUACUGUAGAUGUCAACUUUAACAAUAUCUCGGUUUCCGGGGCAGAGCAACAUUUUUUUCGCCAAAUUCUUUUGUUUUAUACAAAAACGCGUUGAAUAAACCUAAAUUUCAUUGAUUUUUGAGCUGUGGGAGGCUCAUCUAAAUUACUAACGUGAUAUUCUUAAUAUAGAUAAAAAAAAAGUUUGUGGAUGUUGUUAUAAGUUGAACAUAAUGAAAAAGUCAAGUUCCGAUAAUAUUACUGCUUCAAUGCCUAACGUGACUGAAGAACUACUUGCACCAAUUGACAUCACUAUGAAACUAGAUUUAUUAGAAAAUCCAGUAAAGCCUCCAAUAGUGAUUUAUAAACAUACAAGUCACUGGGACAAACUUAAGAUGGGAUUAGAGCCGGCUGAUCAACAGAUUGUGGACAGAUUACGAAAGCUAAAAGAUGAGGAACGAAACAUUCCAUUGCCUACAGUUGAGGAGAUAAAGCAAAGAUUGGCAUUAUUGAAAGAUCAAAAUCCAGAAGCCAGUGGAAGUAACAUCAUAAAUGUAUAUCGAAUAGAUACUAGAACAAAUCAAGAGAAAGCAGAGGAUUUAAUUCAGGAAUAUCUUGCGCCAAUGGAGCUGCCUUCAUCUAGCGACCUUUGUAAAGAUAUCGAGGAGAUGCUCAACUCCUUACAGGAUGAUGGCAAUAGAACUCGUUUUGAUCAAUGCAUGAAGGAAGAAAUCGACAUUUACAAAAAGUUAUGUCAUACGACAAGCAGCGAUAAUACAGAACUAAUUAACAAAAUUUCAGCAAUGGAAAUAGAUACUCCUCCAAAUAUACAAGAUGAUAAUGAAACUGAAGAUGAAGAUGAAAAUGAAAAUGAAUGCGUCAUGUGCUCGCGAACCGUGAAUGAAUCAGACCUAUAUAAAUGUACAGGAUGUAUAGGUGAUCUUUAUUGUUCUUCAUGUUUUGAGAGUUCUCACGAUGAAAAUGAAAUGAUAGAUAAUCAUAAGGCCAUUCACUUUAUCAAGGAAGAUAAAUUGUCCUCUGCAAAAAUGAACCUUAUAAAAAAAUUAUUAACGUCAGAUAGUCGAAAAAACGAUCACUGAUAUUUCGUUACUGCAUUAUAUAAAAAAUUUUUCAGAGACGGUUUUACUUUUAUUCAUAUCGUAUUCGGUAGCAAUUGGAUACUGGAUGCGCACAAGACUAUAAUUGGAAACGUAUAGUUUUAACAAAUGUACAAAAUAAUUAAUUCAAAGAUUUCUCCAAUUAAUGCUUAAUGCAAAUGAUUUUUUCAGUCUCUAGAAAUUAAAAGUAUGCUCGCUUUGGCUGUGUUUGUUUUGUAGUUAUGGUCAUUCUUAUUCAUUUAUUAUUAUUAUUAACUCCUUAUUUUUUAAUGUAUUAUGAUCGAUAAGUAUAAUACACGUUUGUGUACGAAUAUAAUCAGAUAUAGAUGAUGUCAUGUUAACACUUAUCCCUGCUAAAAAUUCCAGUUAUGUAAAUUCCAAAUAAAAGUACAUACACUCACAUCAGGAUAGACAUGGACAAAUCAGUCUUUAACUAACAUAAAAUUCAUCCAAGUAAAUAUUAAAUCUGGUUAUAUAAGUAUUUCCAUUUCAUAAUACAUAGUUGAAUUCUCAAAUAAAAAUGUUGUUUGUUUAUAUCCGCAAUUCCAAAUAUGUUAGAUAUUGCAAAGAAUUUACGAUAUAAAGUUUACUGCUUUUUAUCAGGAAAUAACAUAAUCCGGUUUAUGUAUUCCUAUGUUUAAAUAGUGACGACUUAUGGAUUUCCCAAUAAAAGAUGGAUCUGUAAUUGCAUGAAGAUUCGUAUUCAGUUAAAAACAGGAUUUAUCCUGAAUUAUUUGGAGUUCCAAAACGGACAGAACUUCGUAGACAAGAGUUGACAUAGAACUUAUCUGGAACUCCAAAUGUAUUUUGGAUAUAAUAGGAUUUCCAGUGCAAGAAACCACAUUUAACCAGAUGUCCAAAUUCACCGACAUGCUUGGAAUUUUUACCAGAGAUGAAAGCGCCAUUCUUUAUAGUUU